AUGAGCUCUCACACCGCAAACAUCCCCAUCGCUGAGCCCCCCGAAGGGCGGCAUUCCACCGCUUCAACUACACUCGCCAUGCUCACCCUCAUAUCCAUCCUGAGCGUGCUUCUCUUCACUUCCAUCUUCGACUCGACCGCCGCGACAUGUCGUUGUUUACCAGGGAAUCCGUGCUGGCCGUCCCCGCAGACCUGGUCGCAAUUCAAUGCCUCCAUCUCCGGCCAUCUCGUCGCAACGGUCCCACUAGGCGCGCCCUGUCAUGAUCCCAACUACGACGCAGCCAAAUGCGCCCAACUUCGCGACAAUUGGACCCAUCCUCAACCCCACUAUGAAUCCUCCUCCUCCGUCAUGGCCCCCUAUUUCGCCAACAACUCCUGCGACCCCUUCCACCCGCCCGGUAAGCCCUGCACGCUAGGCAACUACGUCGUAUACGCCGUCAACGCCAGCACCCCCGACCACGUCAGCAAGGCCCUGCAGUUCGUCCGACAACACAACAUUCGCCUCGUCGUCCGCAACACCGGGCAUGAUUAUCUCGGAAAGUCGACGGGCGCAGGCGCCCUAGGCCUCUGGAUGCACCAUCUCAAGGGGAUCACCGUCGCCGACUACCGGGAUGCUCGAUAUACUGGGAAAGCGAUCACGGUGGGCGCCGGUGUUCUGGGAAUCGAGGCCUACCAGGCUGCAGAUGCGCAGGGCCUGCAGAUCGUUGGGGGAGAAUGUCCGACCGUAGGACUCGCCGGUGGAUAUACGCAGGGCGGCGGGCAUUCGAUGUUAUCAUCAAAGUACGGGCUUGCGGCCGACCAGGUGCUGUCUUGGCAGGUGUUUACCGGAGAGGGGGAACUGGUGACUGCCACGCGUGAGAAUUAUCCGGAUUUAUACUGGGCGUUGAGUGGUGGUGGCGGAGGAACGUACGGAGUUGUUUGGUCGAUGACGGCGAAGGCGUACCCCGACACACCGGUCUCCGGGCUGAAUUUGACGUUUUCCAGGGAGGGGACUGACGCGGAAGCGUUUUAUGGUGCCAUAUCAAGGUUCCAUGCCAGUUUGCCGGAUCUCGUCGAUGCAGGAGCCAUGUGUAUCUGGAGCUUGACGAAUACGUCCUUUUCACUUAAUCCACUCACAGGACCGAAUAUCCCCGCCACCGAGCUGGUGGAUCUUCUCAGUCCCUUCAUGGAUCACUUGGAUGAACAGGAGAUCACCUAUAAUAUUUCGGCCGAUGACUUCCCUGGCUAUCUUUCCCAGUUCCAGGCCAUGAUGCCGGAUGUGCCCGUGAGCGAGGCACAACUCGGUAGCUGGUUGAUACCACGCGAUGUCGUGGAGGAGAACGAGAACUUCACAGCUGCAGCUCGUCAAAUCGUCGAGGACGGGGCGUUUCUCGUCACUGUUGGACUCAGUGUAUCGAAGGCUGUUGCUAGAAAUGUGGACAAUGCCGUUCUGCCCGCGUGGCGGGACACAUUGGCUCACACCGUGGUUUUGACGCCGUGGGAAUGGAACGCAGACGAGGAAAUGCGUGAGUGGCAGAGGAGGAUGACGGGGGUGUACGUCCCCUUGUUGAGUCGGUUGGCGCCGAAUUCGGGAGCCUACAUGAAUGAGGCCGACUUCCGACAACCCGACUACAAACGGGCGUUUUACGGGGAGAAUUAUGCUAAGCUCCGAGAGAUCAAGAAGAAAUACGACCCGUAUGAUGUUUUCUAUGCGCCUACUGCCGUUGGUUCGGAUGAGUGGAUCGAGUCGAGCAGUGGACGCUUGUGUCGUGUUUAA